AUGGGAACAGGUGAUCGUCUCCUGGAUAUCCCAUGCAAUGUUUGCGGAGAUAGAAGUUCGGGGAAACACUACGGCAUUUACAGUUGCGAUGGAUGUUCGGGUUUCUUCAAAAGGUCAAUACAUAGAAACAGAGUGUACACAUGCAAGGCUGGCGGGGACAUGAAAGGCAGGUGUCCCGUGGACAAGACCCACCGAAACCAGUGCCGUGCCUGUCGACUCGCCAAGUGCUUCCAAGCCAACAUGAACAAAGACGCUGUACAGCACGAGCGUGGUCCACGCAAGCCUAAGUUACACGCGGGUUUAUCUGCACUUCCGCCUCCGCCUCUGGCUCACGCUCAUAAGCCACACCCGCUCAAGCUGUCUCCUCCAUCGCCAUACACUCCACUCACACAACCCUUCAAUUUCCAGUUUAGUAUGAGCGAGCAGGCUCCAUUGAGUACUGCGUCGUCAGCGGGCUCCAGUGGUGCUGGUGGGGCUGGCGCAGUUAGCCCACUACCACUCAUGCCUGAACCCUUCCUAGCGCCACCUCCACCAGGCCUGCUCCACAUUCUCAUGUCUACAGAUAAAUGUCAGGAAUUGAUGUGGAGCGCCAAGCAGUUACAACUACAAGGUGAUCCUACACUACUGCGACCCCCUCCUAGUGCUUUUGGAGCCCCAUUGGCACCCACCUGGGAAUUACUGCAGGAAACAAGCGCCCGCUUGCUGUUCAUGGCUGUGCGAUGGGUUCGAUGUUUAGCGCCAUUCCAGGCGUUAGCUCCAGGGGAUCAAUUAGUCUUGCUACGAGCAGCCUGGAAGGACCUAUUUCUUCUACAUCUUGCGCAGUGGUCUGCACCCUGGGACCUGGGACCUUUGCUCGCUGCGCCCACAGCCAGAGCGCGUUUACCUCUAGAGCCACUUGCUGAUUUAGAGCUUAAUACAUUGCAGGAAAUAUUAUGUCGGUUUCGUCAAAUAGCACCUGAUGGUAGUGAAUGUGGCUGUAUGAAGGCAAUUGUGCUUUUUUCGCCAGAUACACCUGGACUUAGUGAAACGCAACCCGUGGAAAUGUUACAAGAUCAAGCUCAAUGUAUCUUGGCUGAUUAUGUACGGACUAGAUACACCAGACAACCCACCAGAUUUGGCCGUUUGUUGCUGUUGCUGCCAUCGUUGCGUGCCGUUCGCGCCCGUUCGAUCGAGCUACUCUUGUUUCGAGACACUGUUGGCGACGUAUCGGUGGCUACAUUGUUGCACGACAUGUACCGUAUGCAGCCCGUGCCAGUCUCCGCGACCGGGUUCCAUGCGCCGCCGCCUACCACCGAACACUGUAGUUCCCCUUAAAUCGCCCGUAUAACUCGAGUAUGUGGCUGUAGUUUAUAUAAUACCUGAACCUAACGGUAUCCUAUCCAUACUGAUAUUAUAAAUUUGAAAGUCUGUUUGUUACUUUUCAUGAUAUAAUAUAUACAUAAACUUUUUAUUGUGUACACAGAUAAAAAAAUAAGAAAAACAGUAAAUAGUAAAGUAAUAACAAAAGGCGCUUAUCGUGCUUAUCGUUAUAAGUAAUUUAUUAAAGACAACCUAGACAG